CGUCAGCGAUUAGCAGCCUAUCGCAUUGCAUUUUAGAAACAACCAUCUAGACUUGAGUUUAGUCAUUUCUGAAUCAAACAUUUCUUUUGUUACAAUUAAAUAAAAAAAAAAUUAAUAUGAAUAUCUACGGUGAUACAGAACAAGAAAAAAUCAUUGAUGAUCUACAAAAGUGGUUUGAAGAAAAUAAAAAAUUACCCAACAAAAUUGAUCGCAUUUACUUAACACGUUUCUAUCUACGUACUUCGAAAAAUAUUGAAGCCACCAAAAAACUUUUGGAAGAUAAUUUCGCUUUGCGCAGCAAAUAUCCUAAUAUAUUUUUCAAUCGUGAUCCAGAGUCACAAGAAACUCGCAAUACAGCAGAUUUAGCUUCAGAUUCUGCUUUCAGAUAUAUAGUGCCAUUACCUGGACAAACGCCAGAAAAGGAGCGUGUAACACUUUUCAAAUUGAAGAAUACAGAUCCGGAAAAGCUACAUUUUGUGGACGAUGUCAAAACCCUUAUAAUGAUCUACGAUUACUGCCUAUCCAUGCCAGAUCUGGAAAUACAAGACAUUCCCUACAUCACUGAGGGUCCCAUACAAAUAAUCGAUAUGCAAGGCAUCUCAAUGGGUCAUGUGACACGAACGUCACCUAAAAUUUUAACAGUACUGCUGCAAUAUUUGCAAAAUUUUUGUCCUGGCACAAUAAAGGGCAUACAUCUGAUCAAUUGUCCGAUGUAUGUAAAUAUGAUGUUUACGGUGGCCAAACCAUUUUUGAAAAAGCAAAUAAUCGAUGUGAUUCACUUUCACAAUGAUGGUUUGGGUACCUUGUGUGCUUAUGUCCCCUUGGAAUUGCUGCCUUUGGAAUAUGGUGGCAAGGCUGGUAGGCUAACCAAAAUUGCUGAUGACAUCUUAAGUGGUAUACAAGCCAAAAGGGAUUAUAUAAUGGACCCAAACUAUUGGACAAUAAUGGAGUAAUAAAAAUAUUUAAUUUUCAAGUAAAGAUGCCACAUUAGAAUCUUACCAUGGGAAGUGUUAUUGAACAAUAAAAUAAUUUUGGUCUAAAGAUCAAAAUUAAAACAA